AUGUUUACUGCUUGGAUGAUGGCUAAUCGAACAUAUGUUGAAGGGCGAACACUAACAUAUGUUGAGUUUCCAAGUAAAUUUGUUUAUGAUUUACAAUCUCGACAGUGGAAACCAAGAAGAAGGGGAUUUUCUAUAGGAAGAUUGAGUUUUGUUCAUCCUUCAACUGGUGAGCUGUUCUAUAUGCGUAUGCUUCUCAAUGUGCAAAAAGGAUGCACCAGUUUUCAAAGUAUAAGGACUGUCAAUUCUGUUUUAUAUGAUACAUUCCAAGAGGCAUGUUCUGCAAUGGAUUUUUUAAUAGAUGAUAAUGAGUUUGUCUUGGCCAUUAAUGAAGCGGCUGAGUUAUCUUCUGGCGCCCAAUUGAGAAAACUUUUUGUUUCAUUGUUAAUAUCUGGUUCUGUCUCUAGGCAAAGUGAGCUUCAUUUUCCAGGAAUAACAAUGACUGACGAAGAGUUACAAACAUUUUGUCUAAUAGAGAUAGAGAAAUUGCUACAGGCCAAUAGAAAAUCAUUAAGAGAUUUUGCUGGUAUGCAGCUUCCUAAUGUUAAUUUGGUCUCACAAUUUAGUAAUUCUAUGGUGUUGCGUGAAUUAGAAUAUGACAUUUCUGUGAUGCUUGAAGGACACGAUUCAAAUUUUCCAAAGUUGAAUGAAGAACAGAAGUCAAUCUAUGAUAGGAUUAUACAUUGUGUUACUAACAAAGAACACGGAAGAAUUGCUAUUAAUGUUUCUUCAAGUGGAAUUGCUUCAUUAUUAUUACCUGGUGGUAAGACAACCCAUUCUAUGUUUGGUAUCCCAAUUGAAUUGAAUGAAGAUACUAUUUGUAGAAUUCCGAAAGAUAGUCCUAAGGCUGAUUUAAUUCGACUUGCUGAGUUGAUUAUUUGGGAUGAAGCUCCAAUGACUAACAAGUUGGCAUUUGAAGCUUUAGACAGAAGUUUUCGAGACAUAAUGACGUCGAUUUCAGUGUCUUACAAAGAUCUACCUUUUGGAGGAAAAAUCAUUGUUCUUGGAGGUGAUUUUCGACAGGUUUUGCCUGUUAUUCCUAAAGCUUCUCGUGCUGAGAUUGUUAUGGCAUCAAUCAAUUCUUCAAUUCUUUGGAAGCACUUUGAAAUUGUAGAAGGGCGUAUUGAGACAAUAAUUAACGAAAAGCUUUUAGUUCAAAUUCCAAAUGAGUUUCUGAUUUUUCCUUCUGAUAAUCCAAUUGAUGAUAUUAUAAAUGCAAUUUAUCCUAACAUAGUUAGAAACUUUGAUGAUACUGGUUUUUUUCAAGAUAGAGCCAUAUUAGCUCCAACAGUAGAGAUUAUUGAAGAAAUCAAUGAUCACAUUGUUCAAUUGCUACUUGGGAUAGAAAAAGAAUAUCUAAGUGCUGAUUCUAUAUGUGGUAGUGAUGCUUAUUGUGACGUUGAUGUUGAUUGGAUAAAUACUAAGUUUUUGAAUCAAAUAAAAUAUUCAGGGUUAUCAAAUCACUCAUUGAAAUUGAAGAAAGGUGUGCCUAUUAUUUUGUUGAGAAAUAUUGAUCCAGCUGGUGGCUUAUGCAAUGGUACUCGCUUUAUUGUUAGCGAUCUAGGAACAAAUGUGAUUGGAGCUGAGAUUGUCUCAGGGAGUCACAUUGGAGAUAAAGUUUUCAUUCCUCGGAUGAAUUUAAUUCCGAGUGACACUGGGAUACCUUUCAAAUUUCAACGGAGACAAUUUUCUAUAAACUUGUGUUUUGUAAUGACUAUCAAUAAGAGUCAAGGUCAAACUCUAUCCAGUGUUGGACUAUUCUUGCGUCGACUGAUAUUUUUUCAUGGUCAACUCUAUGUCGCUAUUUCUCGAGUGAAGAGCAAAGAUGAUUUAAGAAUUUUGGUAUCUGGCGAGGAAAAUGAUGAUUCUACUUUAACUCAUAAUAUCGUAUUUAAAGAAAUAUUUGAUAAGAUUUUAUAA